AUGAAACGAUGGAGAGUCCAAACUUUAUUUUGCUUGCUUCUGUGUGGCAGUAUUUUGCCAACCUGUUGGUGUGCUCAUGGGAAGUAUGCUCAGAAGCUCCUGAAUGAUUUAUUCACCAACUAUACUAGUGCGCUGAGGCCUGUGGAGGACACAAACACCAUACUGAAUGUGACCCUGCAAGUUACACUGUCACAAAUUAUCGACAUGGAUGAGCGAAACCAAAUUUUGACAGCAUAUUUAUGGAUACGGCAAGUGUGGGUUGAUGCAUACCUCAAAUGGAAUAAAGAUGAUUACGAUGGACUUGAUACCAUCCGCAUACCUAGUAGUUAUGUAUGGAGACCUGAUAUAGUCCUAUAUAACAAUGCUGAUGACCAUUUCACUGGCUCCAUGGACACCAAUGUGGUGAUCCGGCAUGAUGGCCAGAUAAUGUGGGAUUCUCCAGCUAUCACCAAGAGCUCCUGCAAAGUGGAUGUAUCUUUUUUCCCUUUCGAUGCUCAGCAGUGCAGGUUCACGUAUGGCUCCUGGACCUACAAUGGCAUCCAGCUGGACAUCCUGAAUGCCUUGGAGAGUGCUGACCUGGCUGACCUGGUGGAAAAUGUGGAGUGGGAGGUGCUGGGUAUGCCAGCUAAGAAGAACAUCAUUCUGUAUGGCUGCUGCGCUGACCCUUACCCAGAUGUAACCUACACGCUGAAACUGAAGAGAAGAGCUUCCUUUUAUGUCUUUAACUUGCUCAUACCAUGUGUGAUGAUCUCUUUCCUGGCUCCACUGGGCUUCUACUUGCCUGCUGACUCUGGAGAAAAGGUGUCUUUGGGUGUCACCGUGAUGUUGGCGCUCACUGUCUUUCAACUGUUGGUUGCAGAGAUUAUGCCACCCUCUGAGAAUGUGCCACUUAUUGGAAAGUAUUACAUUGCAACGAUGACUAUGAUCACUGCCUCCACUGCCCUGACCAUCUUCAUCAUGAACAUACACCACUGUGGCCCAGAUGCCAAGCCUGUUCCUAAAUGGGCCAAGAAAGUCAUUCUGCAGCACAUGGCCAGAAUGUGUUUUGUUUAUGAAGUCGGAGAGAACUGUAUGUCACCACCACCAGAGAGACAGGAGCCUCCAACUGUAAAUAACACCAACUGCACCAUGAAUGGUCAGGCAGGACCAGGCAUGGAGGAUGGCAUCUUAAAAAUGGAGAGAGGGCAAGAGACUGUGGGCUCCAUGAUCGCAGAGGAGAGCGAAGACAUGGAUCAGAUGAAGAGUCCGAUAGGCUCAUUAGGGAAGAACCCUACCAACCACUACAGCACUUGGAAAAACGGCAUGUUCAUGAGCAUGGACUGUGGAGAUUCGGGGGGUCCGAGGAGAUGCAGGAAGGGAGGUGUGAGUGAUGGAGAGAGAAAAGACAGAGAGAUGUCCUGCAGCACCCAAAGCAAUGAGAGGCAGCUGCUGCGUAACAUUGAAUACAUAGCCAACUGUUACAGAGAUCAGAGGGCCAUGCAGAAAAGGACUGGGGAGUGGAAGAAAGUAGCCAAAGUGUUAGACCGCUUCUUUAUGUGGAUAUUUUUCAUAAUGGUGUUUUUAAUGAGCCUUCUCAUCAUGGGCAAAGCCAUCUAA